AUGCAGCCCACAUCUUUCAUCUUCCUGGCUCUUUCCGCCGUCUCUACAGUCAUGGCCGGAUGCAGUGCUGGAGCUCCUUUCCAGGGAACUUGCCUUACAUGCACCUCGGAGUGCCACAGCAACUAUGGCGGACCUGAUCGCACGUCGGCCCUUCAGCGAACUGGAUGCAUGACAGCUUGCCUACUUCGCUGCGAUGACUGCAACUAA